UUGGUAGUUUGUCCAAUAAUUUAUUUGACAACCACAAAAAAAAAGUGGAUGAUGAAAGUAUGAGAUUAAGCAGUGCUUGUUCUUCCCUCCACUACAGAUCUCCAAUCCCAAUGACACCCCUCCAAUUGACCCCCAAGAAAGUCGCCGUCAUCGGCGGUGGCGCAGCCGGAUUAGUGGCGGCGCGUGAACUUCGAACUGAAGGUCACAAGGUGGUGGUUUUUGAACGUGGGUCCCAAUUAGGUGGGACCUGGAUUUACUCCCCCGAGGUUGAAUCCGACCCACUUGGCCUCGACUCGACUCGAAAAAUCGUUCAUUCAAGCCUUUAUAGCUCUCUCCGCACUAAUCUUCCUAGAGAAGUUAUGGGCUAUCUUGAUUUCCCCUUUGUUGCUUCUGGAAAGGCGAAUAGAGAUUCACGCAGGUUUCCAGGUCAUGAGGAGGUGUUGAGAUAUUUAGAGGAUUUCGCGAAUAAGUUUAGACUACAUGAGUUGAUCCGAUACCAAACAGAGGUGUCACAUGUUGGGUUGGAGGCAAAAGGAAAGUGGAAGGUGAAAUCUAGGAGGAAUGGGAAUGAUGGUAGUGAAUUUGAUGAAACUUAUGAUGCUGUAGUUGUCUGCAAUGGACAUUAUACAGAACCACGCGUUGCUGAAAUCCCUGGUAUUGAGCUUUGGCCGGGGAGGCAAAUUCAUAGCCACAAUUAUCGUACUCCAGAGCCUUUUCGGGACCAAAUUGUCGUCAUGAUAGGGAGUUCAGCAAGUGCUGUCGAUAUCUGUAGGGACCUUGCUAGUUUUGCUAAAGAAGUCCAUGUAGCAUCUAGAUCAAAGCCAGAAGGAGAAUUCGGAAAGCAACCUGGUUAUGAUAACCUGUGGCUCCAUCCAAUGAUUGAAAGUGCCCAUGAAGAUGGUAGAAUCACAUUUCAAGAUGGGAGCGAAGUGCUUGCACAAGUCAUUCUCCACUGCACAGGCUACAAGUAUCAUUUCCCGUUCCUUCGUAACAUUGGUACCAUAAAUGUCGAUGAUAAUCGUGUGGGACCACUGUACAAGCACGUAUUUCCACCUGCCUUAGCCCCAGGGAUCUCCUUUGUUGGCCUCCCAUGGAAGGUUAUACCUUUCAUCCUUUGUGAACUUCAAAGUAGAUGGAUAGCAGGCACUUUGUCGGGUCGUAUAUCACUUCCAUCAGAAGAGAAGAUGAUGGAGGAUAUAGAAGCUUUCUAUUCACAAUUAGAUGCUGCAGGUGUUCCUAAGCGGUAUACUCAUAACAUUGGGGAUUAUCAGUUUGAAUAUGAUGAUUGGCUUGCUGCUGUGACUGCUAGCCCUCCCAUUGAGGAAUGGAGAAAGGCCAUGUACCGAGCAACUAGCCUCCGCAAGCGAGAUCAACCAGAGACAUAUCGUGAUGAAUGGGAUGACGAAGACUGGAUUUUGCCAGCCUAUCAAGAUUUUAAGCAAUACUUGCCUGCCGAAAGCAUUCCUCUUGUUCCCUCUUCCACACUGUCAUUUAAAAAUAAGGACUCUACUGAACUGGCACCUUGAACAGGUAUAAUCAGCCAAGUUUGUAUGUCACUCUACUUGGAGGGAGGGGGAUGUUAAGAAAAACAUAAGGAUUUAUUGUUGUUAUGUACGACCCCAUAAGUUUGCAUAAUAAAAAAAACAAAUGGUUUUGUA